UCGCUGCUACCUCAAACCCAUGCCCCAAGCCAGUGUCUCCACAAAGCUAAUUUCUGAAACAAACAAAGAAAAUCAAGUCUGCGAGGGGUUUGCUCCCCUCUGCUGUGGACUUGGGUAUCCAGGCUGGCGGGAGCCGCGCGGCCAACAGGUCGGGGCGCCCAGCUUCGCCCUCGCCUUCCCCGCCCCGCCAGCCCCCGCUCCAGCUGCGCCAGAAAGUGCGAGCCCCGGUCCUUUCGCUUCUCGCCUGCUGCGCCCCGAGCCCCAGGACCCCCGCGUCCGCACACUACGGGCGCCACCGCUCCCCCACCUCUGCCCUGUCAGAUGUCAGGCGCGGAGGUGCUAUGGGCACCGAGGUGCUGGCAAAACCAAACAAGUGUCGCCCCGGACGCCUGCCCCCACUCUGAGAGAGCGGGCGGGACGGCCACAGAUCUUUAGAUGGUGGACUCUCUGACUUGGCGAUGUCACCUGCUGGGAUUGUUACCAUCUGGGCUUUGAAGACAACACCUGGGUUCAAACUCCGGUUCUGUCACUUAGCUGUGGGACCUUGAGCAAAUUACUUCAACUCACUGAGCCUCAGUUUCUCCAGCUGCCACAAAAAUCUGAUAACAUAGAGUGUUGUGAAGAUUGAAGGAGAUACUAUGUGUAAUGCUACAACGCACCUGGCGUAAAGUUUGUAUUCUAGAGGUCACUUGAAAGAUCAAAUGUAUUAGUUUGAAUGACUUUUGCCUUCUCCAUUGCAUCUGGAGAUAACUAAUCAGCUGUGAACUGUUCUACCAGGGGAAAUGGCUCACCUUUGGCCCAAGGUUUGUAUUUCUUAUCCCAAAUUGUGCAGUAGGCAACAGGUUUCAUUAUUCAUCUCUGAAGUCUCACAAAAGGAUGUCAGAUUCUAUUUACAUAGUUUGGAUGGUAAUAUUUGCCUUCACAGAGCUUUAGUUAGUUGGAGAAAGUAAAGCAUGCCCCUGUGAAAUAGAUUAUUUUUAGUGUUCCGUAUUGACAGAUGAAGGGACAGAGGGCCACUUGCUGGGAAGGCACCACCCCUGUGCUGUACAAAAGUAGAAAAAGACUGAGACUCAUUUUUUUUCCUACUGGGUCCUGAGCCCAGAAGAAGGAUAAGAGGGCCAACAAACACGCUUGCUGAACAGAGGUGUGAUAACAGGGGAGGCCCAGCCCGUCAGUAGGAGAUGGACCAUAACUUUGAAGCCCAUUAUUUUGAAGAACAAACAGAGAGCUCCAGGUUCAGAACUAAAAUCUGAAAGCUAAUUGAGCAUGUGGAUCAUUAAAGCUAUAACCAAUGGAGAAAACUCAGCAGGCAUGAUGGUUCACUAGCAUCCUUCCUAGAUUUGGAGGCCUGAAGGCUGGCUGCUCCUUCUAAAAAUGUUUAAUAUCAAUAAAUUAGCAGGAGAUGGCUGAAGCAAAAUUGCUAACACCCUCCUCAGUAGGCUCAGGGACUUGUUUGUGGACCUUGAAAUCAAACAAUGAGAAAAUUAGUUCAUCUAUUUUAUUCAUUCAUGUAUGGUCUUCAUUCUAGGGAAUUUCUGUUUUCUAGUGGAAAAGGAAAUACUGAUGCUACAAAGAGCUUAGAUCUGUUUGAAAUGUAGAAUUCUUUUAGACAUUUCUACCUUUUCUUCAAAUAUUAAAAGUCUUAUGAGAUAAAAAAGAGUCUUAUG